UUCGCCGGGUCCCCGCCGUCCGCCUGCCGGAUCCGGUCGCUGCCGGAGUCGCAGCUUCUCCCGCCGCAUCUCCGAGCCGCCACCUCCCUCCCUCCUUCCCAUCCCCCUUCUCUUCUAGCGUGAGACUCGUGAUCCUUCCGCCGCUUCCCUUCUUCAUUGACUCGGAAAAAAAUCCCCAAGGAAAAUACCGUAUUCUAAGUACUUAUUUUCAAUCAAGUUGUCUGUCCCCGCUUCACGUGAUAUAUGUAUUUUUAAGGUUUCCCUUCACCACCUCUUUUCUCCCCAGAAAGGGAGGUAAAUUCUAUUUUUCCCCAGCCCUAAAUCAUCUAUAUGUUGAAUAUCCACCUAUCUAUCUUGAAGGAGAAAUACGUUGCUGUUUUUUUAAAAUAGCUGUAGAAGAAGAGUGAAAAGCGAAGAGAACGAAAUCUUUUUUUUUCUCUCCCUUUUUCUUGUGGGAGAACUUAAUGCUGCAUUUAUCAUUAACCUAACGCCCCAACAUAAAACAAAAGGAAGAAAAGGAGGAAGGAAAAGGUGAUUCGGGAAGGGGAAUCAUGUCGGGGCGGCCGAGAACCACCUCCUUUGCAGAGAGCUGCAAGCCAGUGCAGCAGCCUUCAGCGUUUGGCAGCAUGAAAGUUAGCAGAGACAAGGAUGGCAGCAAGGUGACCACAGUUGUGGCAACUCCUGGGCAGGGCCCAGAUAGACCACAAGAAGUCAGCUAUACAGACACCAAAGUGAUUGGAAAUGGAUCAUUUGGUGUAGUGUAUCAAGCCAAGCUUUGUGAUUCAGGAGAACUGGUGGCCAUCAAGAAAGUAUUGCAAGACAAGAGAUUUAAGAACCGAGAGCUCCAGAUCAUGAGAAAGCUAGAUCACUGUAACAUAGUCCGAUUACGUUACUUCUUCUACUCCAGUGGUGAGAAGAAAGAUGAGGUCUACCUUAAUCUGGUGCUGGACUAUGUUCCAGAAACAGUGUACAGAGUUGCCAGACACUAUAGUCGAGCCAAACAGACGCUCCCUGUGAUCUAUGUCAAGUUGUAUAUGUAUCAGCUGUUCAGAAGUUUAGCCUAUAUCCAUUCCUUUGGAAUCUGCCAUCGGGAUAUUAAACCACAGAACCUCUUGUUGGAUCCUGAUACAGCUGUAUUAAAACUCUGUGACUUUGGAAGUGCAAAGCAGCUGGUCCGAGGAGAACCCAAUGUUUCGUAUAUCUGUUCUCGGUACUAUAGGGCACCAGAGUUGAUCUUUGGAGCUACUGACUAUACAUCUAGUAUAGAUGUAUGGUCUGCAGGCUGUGUGUUGGCUGAGCUGUUGCUAGGACAACCAAUAUUUCCAGGGGACAGUGGUGUGGAUCAAUUGGUAGAAAUAAUCAAGGUCCUUGGAACACCAACAAGGGAGCAAAUUAGAGAAAUGAACCCAAACUACACAGAAUUCAAAUUCCCUCAAAUUAAGGCACAUCCUUGGACAAAAGAGUUACAAAGUGGAUCUUUAGUGAAGAUGUUGGAGGGGAAAAAGGAAGUCUCCUUAAAGAUGGCAGAGGAGGAUUCGUCAGGAACAGGACAUUUCACCUCAGGAGUACGGGUCUUCCGACCCCGAACUCCACCAGAGGCAAUUGCACUGUGUAGCCGUCUGCUGGAGUAUACACCAACUGCCCGACUCACACCACUGGAAGCUUGUGCACAUUCAUUUUUUGAUGAAUUACGGGACCCAAAUGUCAAAUUACCGAAUGGGCGAGACACACCUGCACUCUUCAACUUUACCACUCAAGAACUGUCAAGUAAUCCACCUCUGGCUACCAUCCUUAUUCCUCCUCAUGCUCGGAUCCAAGCAGCUGCUUCAACACCCACAAAUGCCACAGCAGCCUCAGGACAUGCCAAGGCAUGUACUUCGCUCCAAACAAAAGGAAAUUCACAUUUCAUGCUGUUGGCCAUAGUAAACUAACAUUCCAGGUAACAGCCUGCAAGGCCACUCGCGCUCGCUGUCCAGUUGACGAGUAUUCUCGGCGGAGCAUGGCUCACGCUGUCUUGGACCUUUGAA